AUGUGUGAUAUUCAAGAGUUCUUAGCAAAUUUACCAUCAGACAUAGGGAAUGCUGUCAGCAAUGCAUGGAAUAAUAUGAUAAAAGCAAUAAAACGACCAGUGAGAAUACGAAGAUUGGGACGAACUGGAAAAACCAAAACGAGUCCUAUUCCAGUAACAAAGCCUAUGGUUACAUUACUUCAAGAACAAGUGACUUCUACCAAUGAACCACUGAGUACAGCUAGAUCAGCUAAGCUGAUUAUUCCAAUUCUGGCCACACCACAUUGGAAAUCAAUGCUGGAUUGGAGAAGACAACGUCUUGCAUCAAAUUGGAUAACUAGCAAAGCUACUUAUCACUACGUACAUGAACGCACACCAGAUACGAGUAUAGCAUCUGAUGAGGAGGAACUCACGCAUUUUGGAAAUUUGUUCUUUAUAUAA